AGGGAACAAAUUAGGCAGAGAUGAACAUGGUAUGAACAUUUUGCAUGUUCAGCUUCUUCCAUAUUCUUGCUGUAAAGUGAAUCUAUUCAUUUAUUCUUAAGAGUUGUUCUCACAAGUUGGUGGAUUCAAAUCUUAUACUAAUAAUUUGUGAGACAAAAAAGAAGCCUCACACGACCAUCGUCGAUGGCGUGAACCAUAGAUUAAAGAAGUAUAUGUUUUGUACUAAAAAGUGAAAUAAGGAAUCACUUAGGUGGCUGAACAAAGAAUAUUAACAAUUUGAGGUGUAUCCAAAUGACACAACACUUGUGCAUGCAUAGAGCUAAAGUGCUUGCUUGUCAUGUACUUCAACUUUUUCUCCUUUUUGAAUAAUCCUCUUCUCUUCCAUUUAAUUAAUUAGCUAAUCAUGCAAGAUUAACUUAAUCACUACAAAUAUAAUUAAUAUGUAGAUUACAAGCUAUAUAAAAUUCUAUAUAUACUUCUCUUCUUGAGAGAUUUAAUUAUACUACUCUAUGCUAUAAUGGCUUUUCUCUUUCAUUUUUCUCCUAUUAUUAUCUCCACAUUUUUUCUUAUGAUCACUUCUUGCAUAGCAUCAAAUGAUCAAACUCCCAAGCCUUACAUCGUAUAUAUGGGUAGUCCUUUGAAUAACAGCGGAGACUCAGCUGAAAUUUCAAAAUUAACUCAUCUACAAAUGUUGUCAUCCAUUAUCCCAAGUGAAGAAAGUGAGAGAAUCUCAGUGAAGCAUUCAUUUCAUCAUGCCUAUAGGGGCUUUUGUGCCUUGCUUACUAAACAAGAAGCCACCCUUUUGUCUGGUUAUGAAGAGGUUGUAUCAGUAUUUCCAGAUCCUAUACUUGAACUUCACACAACACGUUCCUGGGAUUUUUUGGCAUCUUAUGAUUCUACCAACAACUACAAUUACCAUGCUUCUUCUAAUUAUGACGUUAUUAUUGGAGUUAUUGACACAGGUAUAUGGCCAGAGUCACCUAGUUUUGAUGACCAACAUAUUGGAGAAGUACCAUCAAGAUGGAAAGGAGUUUGCAUGGAAGGAUUUGACUUUCACAAGUCGAACUGCAAUAGGAAGUUGAUUGGUGCAAGAUUUUACGAUAUUGAAGAUGAAGAUUCGACAAAAUUACCUAAAACCACUAGAAAACCAAAUGGAACACCAAGGGACAGAGUAGGGCAUGGAACAAACACAGCCUCAAUUGCAGCAGGUGCAUUUGUCCCUAAUGCCACUUACUAUGGCCUAGCAAGUGGCAUUGCUAGGGGAGGCUCACCCUUUUCUAGGAUAGCAACUUACAAAGCAUGCUCAGAGGGAUAUUGUCAAGGUUCUGCGAUACUUAAAGCGAUUGAUGAUGCAAUUAAAGAUGGAGUUGACAUAAUCUCAAUAUCUAUUGGAAGAAGUUUUGUUUUUCAAACUGAUUUUAAGGAUGAUCCAAUUGCAAUUGGGGCUUUUCAUGCUGCUGAAAGAGGUAUUGGUGUUGUUUGUUCUGGUGGAAAUGAAGGGCCUGAUCCCUACACUCUCACAAAUUUUGCUCCUUGGAUUUUCACUGUUGCUGCUUCUACUAUUGAUAGAAAAUUUCAGACCAAUGUUGCCCUGGGUAACAAUGUCACGUUGAAGGGAACAGGAAUAAGUUUCAAUACUAGUCCUCACGCCGAAACUUAUCCCCUUGUAUUUGGUGAAAAUGUUUAUUUCCACCCCUCUUUAACUUCUCAAGCCAGGAAUUGUAUGCCAGGGUCACUUGAUGCUAAAAAAGUUGCUGGGAAAAUAAUUGUUUGUAUGAAUGAUUACUGGUCAAUAUCAAGAUUAAUCAAGAAAUUAGUUGUGCAAGAUGCUAAUGCAAAAGGUUUAAUUUUAAUUGACGAGCAAGAGAAAAGUUCUCCCUUUGAUUCAGGCAAUUUCCCAUUUGCUGAAUUUGGAAAAAUAGCUGGGGCAAAAAUUCUUCAGUAUAUUAAUUCCUCCCAAAAUCCACAUGCGAUUAUAUUUCCGAUUAAUGAGAUCCGAAGAUUUAAGCCAGCUCCUGUAGUCGCAGAUUCUUCUUCACGUGGACCCGCAUCACUUACCGAAAAUAUUCUCAAGCCUGAUAUAACAGCUCCUGGUGUUGGAAUUUUAUCAGCUAUGAUCCCAAAUACUGAAAAAGGAUCAUCUUUAUUUGGUAUUACAUCAGGAACAUCAAUGGCAUGUCCACAUGUAAGUGGAGCUAUGGCCUUCAUUAAAUCAAUUCAUCCAACAUGGACCUUUUCAAUGAUCAAAUCUGCUAUAAUGACAACAGCAGCAAUAUCUAAUAAUCUGAGAAUGCCCUUGACAAAUACAUCAAAUCUUGAUGCAAGUCCACAUGAAAUUGGUGCUGGUGAAUUAAAUCCUAUUAAAGCUCUAAAUCCAGGCCUAAUAUUUGAAACAACCAUGAAUGAUUACUACAAUUUCCUUUGUUAUUAUGGAUACAAAGAAAAAGAAAUUAGAUUAAUAGUAUCAAAGAAAAACAAUUUUAAUUGUCCAAGAAAUAGUACUAGUACUACCAAAAAGGAACUCAUAUCACACAUGAAUUACCCUUCAAUCUCUAUAGAAAAACUUGAUCAAAAUUAUGGGGUCUCGAGAGUCAAACGAGUUGCGAUGAAUGUUGGUUCUCCAAAUGCCACGUAUACUUCCUCGAUUAUUGGUCCACCCGGUUUGAUUGUUAGGGUUUUUCCAGAAAAAAUUGAAUUUGUGAAAGAAAUAAAGAAAGUUUCUUUUGACAUAUUGUUUGAUGGUAAGAACGCAUCAAAAGGUUAUAAUUUUGGAUUUAUAAUAUGGUCAGAUGGCUUUCAUAAAGUUAAGAUGGUAUUUGCAGUGAACGUUGAAUAGUUUUAAUUAUUUUUUUUAUUUUGUAGAGAUUUGAUAUAUUAUUGUAACUUGUAUUUAUAAAUUGGAAUACAAAUAAUUUUGAUGAGA